GUACCGAUGCAAUGAAUCUUGCUCAUGAUCCUAGAGUUAUCAAGGUCGGUGAGACACCAUUAUCAUUGUUGUGAGAAACUGAAUAGAAAGCAUAGCUACUACCUCUGCUUCACUCUCGGAUGCUGCUUUGCCCAAUUCUUCCUCUGCAGAUAGAUGGAUGCAUCAAUAUCUGAACCGCCGUUUCAGCAUGGAGGACCGAGCCAGCUUCGAUAUCCAGUCGUCAAGGUGGAGAGAGAUCCUUCAAUGUCAGAGAGAGUGGAUCUGCCUGAUGCUCGUGAUGAAGCUGAGGCAGAGGGCGGGAAUGGUUUGGCAUCGUCGUUGUCAACCCCGAUGGGCCGACCGAUGCCGUAUUGUCGUAUGUGGUAUGGGUAAGCUCAUCGCCACUGGCGCGAUGGUGCUGGGUCUUCUUGUCCCUCUUGCCGUGCAUGAAGUCCGCCCAGUCGUUGGGCUCGUCGUAUGGGUCAUGGUGUAUGGUGCGCCAGAGUGGCAUUCGUUCCUCCGACGCCUUCCUAUCAUCGUUGCGCUGCUUGCCACGGAGCAGGUACCAUCUCACCCAGACGUUAGGGUCGAGGAUCGGCGCAUCAUCUGGAGCCUCGCCCGGAACAUAUGGAUUAUCAUUCGAGAUCGAGAGUGUAUGCCUGUGCACAUCGAAUGGAUGGAUAGGUGGCGUGUCACUCGUUACGGUAUCAAUCUCGUUCCUCCAGGCCAUAACUUUUCAACGACCUUCAAAUGGUUAUCCUGCUACCAAUGAGUUUCCUAGUUUCUGUACCAGUGAAUGAGUGCUCACCAAAAUCUCUCCUUCACAAGCAAACAGGAUCUUAUCCCGCUCAUUUAGCGGAGUCUCCAUGGCCCUUUCCCUAAAAGCUACAGUGUUUUCAAACCCAAAGACACUGAGCUGCGAUGUGGCGAUCAAUAGUUACUCCUCCGUGUAUGCGGUCGUGGCUCACAAGAAUGUACGUCCAGUCCCAUAUCUCAGACACUGGCGCCUCCGAAUCCUCCAUGUACAUAUUGGAAUAUGGCAGGUUGACUUUCGAUUCACGGUCGUUGUACAAAUUACAAAUCACGAGCCCUGAAGACAUGAGCCUUUGUUUUGUUUUCAGACAGCUGGUAAACCACAGCGGGU